AUGAACCGUCACAAGAAGUUCUAUAACGAUCUCGAGGAUAACCUGGAGGAUGACUACUACGACGAGGACGAAUAUUACGACGAUGAGGAGGCUGACUACUACGAGGAGGACGAGCUGCAGUAUGUCGUGACAAACGGUGCCGUGCCACAGCAGCAGCAAGAAAAGCAGUCCACCCAGGCGGCUUCCAAUGGCGUCAGUUCGGCUUCGGUAGGCAAAACAAAAACGACAAGCGAGCACUUGGCGGAGGAUAACGGUGUGCAUCCGGAGGACAUGGACUACGCGCUCGUCGUCAUGCUUCUUCCAGAGUUCCAGCAUAAGUGGAAGGAACUUGUCACCGCAGAGAACCCAGGCGCAGAGCUUCUGCCGCGCUGCGCUGUGGAUGCCCUCCGUGAGUGCAACUACGACGUGGGGGAGGCAGUUAUGUUUGCACUGCGGAAAAGUAUCGAGGCGCAGCCGGUGGCUGGGACACCAGCGCCGCCCCCUGCGUUGUCGCCGCAGCCAUCAAACUCAAAUGAAACCGCAGCCGCAGCGCCGGUUGCGGGAGGGCGCACGCUAAAGCUCGGGCAAAGCAAUAAGGCCUCAGAAAACGUGUCGACGAAAGACGGCGAGGCGCCCAAGCCGGUAACUAGCAACGGCGCAGAGGCGGAUGCCAAGCUGCAGCGAAAGAAGAACAAUACGGUGCGGGAGUUGAUGCCGGAUCCGAGCAAAAAGGAUUGCACAGUUGUGAUUGCCGGGCAUGUGGAUGCUGGCAAGAGCACAACCCUUGGCCACCUGCUGCUUCUGUUGGGGAAGGUUUCACAGGCGGAUAUAGAUAAGAAUGAGAGGAAUGCUCGUCAGAUGAAGAAGGAGUCUUUUAAAUAUGCCUGGCUGUUGGAUCAGUCAGAGGAAGAGCGUCGGCGUGGUGUGACAAUUGAUGCCGGUUCCUACUGUUUUGAAACGGAUCAGCGUCGCAUUCACGUUCUGGAUGCCCCUGGGCACAAGGACUACGUUCUCAGCAUGAUCAGCAGCGCAACACAGGCGGAUGCGGCCCUCCUUGUAGUGACGGCUGCUACCUCUGAGUUUGAGGUUGGGCUCGCCCACGGUACGAAGGAUCACCUUCUUGUCCUCAAGACACUGGGUGUGGGCCACUUGGUGGUAGCUGUUAAUAAGAUGGAUGCUGUAGACUUCAGCCAGGAGCGCUACGACUUUGUGGUGCGCGAGUUAAAAUUUUUGCUGAAACAAACGCGCUACAAGGACGAUGCGGUCGUUGGCUACUGUCCGGUGAGCGGUAUGCGUGGCACGAACAUCUCCACUAUUGAUCACGAGGCGACACCGUGGUACGACGGGCCUUCGCUGGUGCAACUGUUGGACAAGUGUCCGUUGGAGAGUCGAUUACUUGACGCGCCGUUGCGGCUGAGCCUGCAAGAUGUAGACGGCACCAAACUCUACUGCAAGGUGGAGAGCGGGCAUGUUCGAAAAGCGGAUAAAGUUGUCUUUGUGCCGUCAGACACCAAAGUGGUAGUGAAGUCGAUUGACAAGCCGACAGUGGGUGCUCUGGUGGAUGUCGCUUUCGCUGGUGAUACGGUGGAGAUCGAGACGAGCUCGUCACUGGUAGGGUUGCGGCCAGGCUGCAUAGGGUGUAGCAGCAACGCCUUGCUCCGCUGUUCGACGGACUUCCAGGCCCGUGUGCAAACCUUCAACACGCUGCAGAAGUCCAUUCUCCCUGGCACCGUGUUCACGAUGGUUGUGCAUGCUCUUACACUGCAGGUGCAGGUGAUUGCGCUGGUGUCCAAAAUGGACAAGCAGGGCGCGUGGUCCAAGGGCAUGGUGAAGUGCAUUCCGAAAGCGACACAGGCGCUUAUUGUUUUCCGCGCGCCGUACAAGAUUGCACUGGAGGAGGCCGAGGUGUGUCGCGCACUUGGGCGGUUUGUCCUGCAGCAGGACGGCGACACGGUGGCGGGGGGUCUGGUGGAGAGGGUCAUGCUGUAA